UGGAGUCUAACAACAUCUGGAAGGGCCCCCCCCCCCUGCAUUGUAAAUCAUGGUUUUUUUGGCACUGCUUUGGGUGUAAGAUGAUCCCUGGAAAGUGUCUUUUGUCUGUGCUGAUGCUCCAAUGAGUGGCUGAGACCUGGGUGAGUGUAUGGCUCCAGGCAGGGCAGAGCUGGUCUGGGAGCAGGAAAAAAGCCUCUCCCUCUGUCUGGGAUGAGUAUCCUGAAUCAGUUUGCCCAUGUAAGAAUAGUUCUUUCCCCCCUCCUCUUGGGAUUGUGACACAGCACACACAAACACACCCUUCCUUGUCUCCUGUCAGGUCUUUUUUACUUUCUCUCUCUCUCUCCCCUCAACUCUUAUUUAUUCCCUCUCUUACCCAGAGGAGGGAUUUCCGAGAAAGACGUGAAUAGCCCUUAUAAGGCGCUAUUUGUUUUCUUUCCAGCCACCUGCCAGGGGGGUCCCUGUCAAGCCAAAGAAUUUUCCACGCCCAUUAGCUGCCUUGUACGCAUUCCCACUGGCUGGGCCCAGCUGUAAAGGAGAUGGGGGGGGGAGGAAGAGGUUGUGAAGGGGGGACGAUGAGAUCAUCCCACAAGGAGGAUAUAAAAGUUUGGGUUUUGGGCUUCGCAAGAGGCCACCACUUUGCUCGUUCCCAGCAGGCAAGGAGCUCUUGCUUAUCAUUUCCACGGAUACCACAAAUUGCUCCUCAGCUCUGAGGCAGCAAUUAUUGUGCCCCCACGCCACCCCAUCCCAUACAGGCAGCUUUGGAUACACACACACACACCACAUUUCAGCACCACAGGCUUUUGGUCCUUGCCUAGUGGGUCCUGUUAUUCCUGGAAACAGCUCCAUCGGAGUUCUUUCAUCGAAGGGGGUUCCUGCUACCUUGAAUCCUUUGGGUAAUAACUUGCUGCAAAGACCCUUCCCGGCAGCCUGUUGCCUAGCAACCAAAAGCAGACAUCCGCCAUCCAGGAGCCAUGCAAAUCCCAGGGCUGUUUCUGGUAGCGGCCUGGAUCCUGACCCUCUGCUCCCAGGCAUCACCGACAAGCAUGGGGCACCCUUUGCCCGUGCCCCUGAAAGAGAACCCCCUCUUCCCUCAUCCCUCAGGGAGCAACGCCCCAGCGGUGAGCAAGGACAGGACCUCAUCACCUGCUCCGGUCAAACCUUCUCUGGAUUAUCCUGACGAUCAACAUUACGACGAUUACGACUACCCUCUGACCUCAGAGCCCCAGACGCCCGGCCUCCCGCAGCCGCCCCAUCACCUUUGCAAAUACAACCCCUGCCAGCACCUCCAAGUGCCCUGCGCGGAGCUGAGUAGGGCUAGCGGGUGCUUGUGCCCGGGGGUCACCGGCCCAGAUGUGCCCCCCGAGCCGCCCCGCCUGCAGAUUGUCCACACAAGCGAGGUGGGAGCGAGCAUGCGCUGGUGUGCGCCUUCUUCCACAGUCCAGGAAUAUCGCUUGCACUAUCAGCUUGUCGGCGGGGACUUCCUCUCCGGCCCGGCCCUCAACAACACUUUCCGCUUGGCGGCUGUCUCAGGGUUGCUGCCAGAUCACGAGUACCUGUUCUGCAUCGUGGCAUCCAACCGGGCCGGAUCCAGCCCCACGGACGAUGGAACCCGGCAGCACGGGCCGUGCCGCCUCAUCCGGACUCCUGCCCACCAAAUGCCCUACGCCUACAUAGCUGCGGGGCUGGCUGCCACCCUCAUCCUCGUGGUCAUCUCCGCCUUUGCCUGGCAUUUCUGCGUCCGCAACAGGAGGAAGCAUCCUCACCGCGGGUCGAUGGACAACAUCCUCGAUGCUGAGCCAGGCCUGGACGGAGCGGCAAACAGCUCUUUCCGCAGUGAGGAGCAGCUCUGAGCAGAGUGUUGGCGUCUACUGGCAAGAUGGCAUCUCUGUUGCUUCAGAGUUCGAUGCUCUGUUUCUUUGGGGGAGCUUCACUCGACGCCAUUGCUUUUAAAAUGCUGUGUUUGUUGCUGCCUCCAGGGUGGAAGGGGCAGCGAUUUUGUGUUAUCCAGGCCUUUUUUUCAGCCGGAACUCGCUGGAACUCAGUUCUGGUACCUCUCAGGUGGGCACCAUUGCCAUUAUAAGAGAACAAGCGAGGCAUUCAUUGUGAGUUCCGGCACCUCUUUUUCUCAGAAAAACAACACUGGUGCCAUCUAUGCUGUCUACACAGAGAUGGCAACUGUUUUCUUCAGAGAUGUUUUCUUCAAAGGGUCUGUCGUUUUCAUGGACCUUCGCCCAGCUCUAUUCCUGCUGCCUCUGGGGCGGAAGGGGAGUGAUUCUGAACUCUCAGUGCUGGGGAAUUUGAACCAGUCCACUCCCCUGAACUUUCAUGGCCUGAGAGAGGGUGCACAGACAGAUCUGAUCUGGACCACCAUUUUGAACUGUGGUCUACCAGGGCUGGACUUGCCAUUAGGCAGAAUGAGGCCGCGGAUUCAGGCAGUUAAGAAGCAGCAGCAAAAUGUUAGAGGACAGGACCCAAUGUCCUUGGGCCUGUCAUGAACAACACUGUUCCAUUGUCACUAGUGCUGAAGUAAUGCUCAACGUUGAGUCCAAUCUGAUUCUGAAUGUGGAUUGGACGCAGGGCCAAUUAAGGGUGUGGCCUGGGGAGAGGAGGUGUGGCCUGAGAUACUUCCAAGGGCCAGAGAGAGAGAGAGAGAGAGAGAGAGAGAGAGAGAGAGAGAGAGAGUUGGAGGGCCAAUUCAGACUCCGAGCCUGAAGUUCCUCAUCUCCAUCUUACAACAUACUGUUUCUUCUCCAGCAAAAUGUCUUGGCUCAACCCUGUACUCUACAUACCCCCUUUGGGGAGAGGACUGCAAAGAACUUGUGUCACCGUCACUCUUAACUCUCCCAAGUGCCCAGUCAAAGCCCCAUGGACCAGUUCAGUCAGCUCAAGAAGAAGCCAUGUAUUCAGAUCCUGCCAAAUUGUCAUUUCCAAUUCUUUCUUCUCUUGAAAAGGAUGACGGCUCUUGGGAGGGAUGUGAAGACGGUCUUUUAAGAUGUUGCAAGAAUCUAUGUUUAUUUAUGUAUUUAUUAUCAGAGGUUUUUUAAAAAAUAAAACAACAUUACAGAGGUACAAAAGUUCAGAGAUAUCUACAACUAGUGGUGGGGGAGAAUUUUGAUUCAGUUCACGUUUAUAGGCGAAUCUACCUCUGGGAAGAGACACAGCUCAGUGGACAGAGCUUCCGCUUGGUGGGUAGAAGGUCCCAGGUUCAAUCCCUGGCAUCUCCAGUUGGGAAAAGACUCCUGGUCUGAAAUCCUGGAGAGCUGCUGCCAGUCAGUGUAAGCAAUACUGAGCUAGAUGGGACAUUGGUCUAACUCAGUAUAUGGGAGUUUCCUAUGUUCCUACCUAAUUUGCAACUUUCCCAAAACAAAGCUCAAAAACAGUCCCAUUGUUUGAAAUUUGCUCUUCUCUGAAUUUUGCAGAGCAGUUCUCUAAGUCAUGUGUAGAAAAAUGCUUAUGCUAGAUUGAAGGGUGCCUAAAAUGCAUAUAUCUGUA